AGCAACACGAUCAAGUGUUUGACAGCUAAACUUCACGGAACAGCAUAAGAUGGAACAUAGGGGACGUUACUGGAAAUACUUCGAGAAGAGAGAUCGUAACGUAGCUACUUGUAAAAUUUGUUUUAAUGACUACGCAUACAGUUCUAAUAAAACCAAUCUGAGUAAACAUUUGAAAAAGAAACACGAUAUCGAUGUUAGUGAACGAAACUUGGACAGCGAUAGUGAUGCGGAGACUGUCAAGGAGCCUAACAAAAUGAAAGCAGGAGGUACCACAAUGAGUUAUUUCGACAUUUUGGAUUCUGAUAACGCAGAAGUUCAAUGUAAAUUGUGCGAGAAGAAUAUGUCUUACGAAACAGUUGGAGACUUGAAGGCACAUAUUAUAGAGGAACAUGGAAAAAAUCCUACAGACAGCAAUUGUAAUAAAAGGAAGACUGAUGGCACUAGAGCGCCAUAUUGGAAGUUCUUCACGAAGAAAGAGCGUUACAUGGCGACCUGUAAUAUAUGUUGUAACGAUUACUCAUAUCGUUCAUCUGUAAGCAAUCUAGCUAAACAUUUGAAAAAUAAACACGGAGUUAACGUUAGUUCAGCUGUCAAUGACAGCGAUAGUGAAGCGGAAAUAGAAAAGCCGUCCAGCAAAAAGAGACCAACUUGGAGCUAUUUUGAGGUCUUAGACUCCGAUAAAUUCGAUGCACAAUGCAAAAUAUGUGACAAAACAAUAUCUUAUGAUACCGUGGAUGAGUUGAAGAAACAUGUCGAAGAUCACGGAGAGAAUCCUAUUGACAGCGAUGAUGAGACUCAAGAUAAUAAAAUACCUAAGCCAAGGAGACCAUCUGAAGUUUGGAAAUAUUUCAAGAAAUUAGAUGAUGAAUCCAAGAUUGCCCUGUGUCUGAUCUGUAAGAAGGUAUACAAUGCUGCGACGACUAACAACCUAAAGAAACAUCUCAAGAAUAUGCAUCCUAACUCCAAGAUGCCUGAUGAUGAGAAGAAAUAUAUACUAUCAGCUAAUGGCCAGCUGUUUGAAGUGGAGUCAGAUACAGAAAAGGACAACGUAGAUGAUGAUAAUUAUGAUAAAAACCCAAUUGAAAUGGACACAAUAUAUCUCGAAGAUCUCGAGGAUUCUAUAGAUUUAUCUCACCAAUCACCUCCUAGUCCACAGAAAAAGAAAGCUAAAUUAAUAACACCAAAAAGACAAUCUUUCUCAAAACCACGCAGAGAACAGAUAUUAAAUAACAGUUCCAGUAACGAUACUAACGAUAUACCAAUGAGAAGUAACUCUAAUAAUACUAGUUUGGAUUACUUUGGCCAAUACGUAGUAUCUUUACUAAAAGAAUUACCCAAAUCUGUCUCAAGUCAAUUGCAAAAUGAAAUAAUAAAACAAAUUUUGACAAGUAAAGUUGCUUUAGAAUCGGAAGGAACGAAAUGCGAAGUUAGUAUCAACCAAAAUGCUGAUAGUCAGACGCAAAUAACAGAAACCGUUAUGUAUAUUGAAGCUAAGCCAAAUACCUAGUAUUUAUUAAAUUGAUAACCACUGCACUAGUAGUAUUUUUUUUAAUAAUGGAAAUGUCAAAUAUUUUAAAUAAA